AUGUCUCUGGAAGAUCUGCCCACCGAGUUGAUCGCCGAGAUAUGUGAGGUCGCCGACAAGGACGCGCUGAUGGCUCUUCGGCUCACUAAGAAAUGCAUCUCAAGAUCGGCGACAAAGAGCUUCUCCGACCAGUUCAUGAGCUCUCUCUCACUCAUCAUGACUACUCCCUGCUUGCAACGACUCAUCGACAUUUGCGAGCAUCCAUUCUUUGGCCCUGGUGUCCGGAGAAUCUUUAUCACUCUCCGUCGCAUGGGUUUGUGCCGCUUCAAAUAUCUUGUGGACAGAUGCCGUUACUUCACUAAGAUUGCUGGGCGCCAGAGUGAGGAAGUCGCGAAAGCACGCCUUGUUUUACGACGCUGCACAGACCGUUUCCAUGAUGAACAAGCGCUGGAGAAGGAGGGCGGAGCGACUGAGUUACUCACGCGGGCGUUCUGUGCAUUAAAAACUUGGGUGUCUGACGUGGAACUGCUCAUCGUGCCUAUUUACGGACCACACGCCGGUGCUAUCUUUUUGGAUAGUAAUAGGUAUGAACCUCACGAUGAGAAUGCGAAAAAUAACAGCCUGACGAGCACACUUCAACCAUGUCUCGAAGCUACCCGCAUCAACAAGAUGGGAUUGUCCAAGUUCGACGUCUCUGUGAGGAAAGGGUGGAACACUGACAAGAAACUGGGCCUGGACCUCAACCUCGACAGCUUCAGCGAGGAGGAAAUGAAGCGCUUCUCUAUGCUGAGAUCCAUCACGUUCGAACUCAGUUGGUCCGUCAGAUACAAGACGAAACGUGCGAUGGCAACUAUUGUCUCACAAGCCUGCGAGCUAGAAGUUCUCCGCCUCUCACACGGUGACGCUUACUGGAGUCGCUAUGAUAAUAUACCCAGACAACUCGAGCUAAGCCGCAAUGCUUUGCAAUCCGUCAAGUCUGAUAGAAUUCAAUCUAUCAGCCUCACAGAGAUCUUGUUCUCGGAGCAGCCGCUUCUCGAGUUUCUUCGCCUCCACCGCAACAGCCUCAGAUCCCUGCGCCUUACUAGCUGUGCACUCCAUCAUGGCUCGUGGUCUGGAGUGAUUAGCUACUUACAGGAAUCACUACCGCAUCCUAGUUCGCUGAAGAUCGAACGUUUGUACGAUAUAGACUCAGACGCGAGAAAAUGUCUAGCCAUCGCUGGCUUCGGAGGAGAAGAAGGAAGAGAAUGUGUGGAGGGGGAAGAAAAAGUACAAGCGGCUCUGUCGGCAAUGAUCGAAAGGCCUCUCGACGACCCCCUGACUCCUCCUGGAGAUGUGCACGACGAUGAGACUCUUGACGAGUGA